AUGUUACUAAACAACUAUGAUUACGAGGACGAUACUCUUCAAAUCACCACUUCUGAGAUUGACCGACAAUUUUGGGAUUAUUUUGAUGGUGCUACCACCGCCAGUACUAAUAUAACGGAGACUGUGUUGAGGGACCAGGGGCCAGUUUUGGUGAUUUAUGGGAUCCUGUUGGCUGUGGGGGGAGUGGGGAAUGUGGCUGUGCUGGUCAGCCUCGCCAGAUCGAGGAGGAGGAAGUCUCGAGUGGAUCUGAUGAUGACACAUCUGGCGCUUGCUGAUGUCUGCGUUACUUGUGGAGUUAUUCCUUUGGAGAUCGGCUGGAAGUACACGAACGCGUGGUUGGUGGGCAACCUGAUGUGCAAGCUGCUACUAGUGCUGCGAGCCUUCGGUCUCUAUCUGUCUUCUAACGUCCUCGUUUGCAUCUCUGUUGAUAGGUUCUUCGCCGUCAUAUACCCGCUUCGGCUGCCAGUGGCACGCAGGCGCAGUAAACAGAUGCUGCUCUGCGCCUGGGCAUUCGCACUUGCGUGUAGUUUGCCUCAGAGCGUAGUAUUCCGUGUGAAGCGUCACCCACAAGUCGCUGGUUUUGAGCAGUGUGUCUCCUUUGGCGCCUUCAGUUCAGAACAACAAGAAGUGGUGUAUAAUGUCUUCUGUCUCUGCGCGAUGUACUUCUUGCCGCUGAUUGUGAUCACAGUGUGCUACGUGUGUAUCUUCUGCGAGAUACAUAGAAGCAGUAAGGAGUUGGAUGAAAAACGCAUGCACCGCAGUAGUGUGGGACACGUGCGUCUGCGCCGCUCCGACCGACGCGUGCUAGAGCGAGCUCGGCGUCGGACGCUGCGUAUGACUGUCACUAUAGUCGCCGUGUUCGCUCUCUGCUGGCUCCCUUAUGCUACUAUUACUAUGUGGUACAUGGUAGACAGAGAAUCAGCAGCUCGUCUCUCGCCAAGGGUCCAAGACUUACUCUUCGUGAUGGCUGUGUCCAACUCCUGCAUGAAUCCCCUGGUGUACGGCUCCUAUACCCUGGACCUCAAGGGGCUGCUGAGGAGAUUACUGAAGAAGACUUGCUGUCACUCAUCAGGUCCGCGGGUAAAAGCUAGAUCAAGUUCGAUUAAGAAUAGAAAUGUCAAUUUGGAGACGCCGCUCAUGAAAUCGGGUAAUAAAGUUCGCACUCGUCUAGGAGUGCGUUUUGCAGAGACUUCUCUAACAGCCGUGCCCUCUCGCCUCGAAGUGCCCAAAGUGGUGAGAGGGCCCGCCUGA